CUUCCUCAUCUUUAUUCAACUCCGCCCCCGGCGUACAUCACCAAGGGGCAGUUAGAAUCGUCACCGUUUGAUCCCCCUCGUUACUUUCCGCGUGACCGUUCGCUGUGUUUAUCACAUGGCCGGUCAGCUACGGUUCGCUACAAACCAUGCGAUGCUGCAUGCGGAUCCUGGCGAAUGGGCCAAUCAUUGAUAGCAACUGUCUGUUAAAGUGGUUGGCUGGCCACUAGGCUCCAUGGAAGAGGAGUGCGUUGUCUUAGGGACUGCGUCGGUUAACCGUGUUCGCCCUCGCUUUCUUCGCAUCCAUUUCUGCCGCCCUCCGCGACGUUCCCUACGACUGUUGCAGUUUCUGCUUCGAAACCUGCGCGACUACACUUCGUACCGAUGCCGGACUUCUGGAGACUUGAUCUAUGGCGCUGCGCACCGGUCCGUGAGCCUGCGGGUGCCGCAUCGCACUCGAACCGGCCACGCCAGCCGCCGACUCGCUUCCGGACACUCCGAAUUCGCUCCAUUCCGCUGGGCGUCACGGAGGAUGAGUUGAAGACCCUUUUGAAGAUGAUGCUCGGAAGCGAUGGUUUCGUGCUCUCGUUGAGCGGCGCCAUGGCAACCGUUGGUUUUCCGAAAGGAAAUCCUGCGAAUCUUUCCGAUUAUUUCCCGGGAGCAAGUUACUUUCUCGGAACUCCGAGCUUGUUCGGCGCGCAAAAGCCCGCAGUAAAUGUUUUCGCUGUCGCGGGCCUCGCUGGUCGUGCAUACGGAUCACGGAGCGUACGGGGCCAACCGAGGAUGUGGCUACGGGAGGCAUUCCCGAUCGAAAUCGGAGAGCACAUGAGGGUUCUCACGUUCGGCUACGACAUGGGUCUGCGGGACAACAUUGUCACCAUCCCUACCCUCCAAACCUAUGCGAGAUCCCUCUUGCAGAGUAUAUGCCUAGCGCGGACGGAAGCGAAUGAACGCGGCCGCCCUGUAAUCUUCAUCGGCCACAGCCUCGGGCGUUUGGUGAUCAAACAGGCACUCGCGGAUGCAUCUCGACUCUCGGUCGGUGGCGAUAGCGAUCAAGCGAACUUGAGCUUGUGUGUCGGCCUCUUUUUCUUCGGAGUGCCAGACCGAGGUGUUGACCCCCAACGCUUGAGGACAUUGAUACGGGACCAGAAUGAUGUACACGUCAUCCAUAACCUUUCGGAAGGCUGCGAAUUCUGGAGGUCCUCUUACGAUUGUUUCUUAAGAGCGACCAAAUCGAACCUCGAUGGUUUUCAAAUCGUCUCGUUUUUCGAAAUCGGUGGCGCCGAAGCCGUGAACACACUACCAGAUGUCGGCUGGAUGGCAAGUGGCGAAUUGAUUGGAGCUAUCGCGCGGAAAGGAGCGACCCGUGGCCUACCGAACGAGGCCAAGCAUCAGCACGUCACGAUCGACGUCGAUCACUCGGUAGAGCUCCCCGACAGCUGCGGCCAUGACUACGUGAUAGUCAGGGAAAGGCUUUCAGAAUCUGUCCGGAAUGUUCUGAAAAGAAGGAACGACAUGCAGGCGCACCGAUCCGAAGACGAGCAGUCGGUUUCGCCAUGUGACGAACUAUCGAAUCCAUCCGGGAAACAGCAGGAAAACUUUCAGGGGGGGGUGGUGAUGAUGGUAGAGCAAGAUGCGUUCGAUAUCGAGGCAGUAGCCUCAAUGAAUCCCUCCAGGAACGAGCAGAAGAACCUUCAAGGAGGUGUGGUGAUGGUAGUAGAGCAAGAUGGGUUUCAUAUCGAGGCAGUAGCCUCACAAAAUCCGUCCAACCUUCCGAGCAUCGGUCACCAAGCCAGCCGCUGCAGCUCGAACAGCAGCUCGCACACGACAACACAAAUCAGCAAUAUUCUCACGGGAAGCUCUCGUGCUUACAAAAACGCGAAGCACAACGAGUUGAACUACCCGAAAAUCCAAGGGAGUGUAACAUUUGGAGAUACAUAUACGAACCAUUACCACCCCCCAGAACCUGACUCCGGGAGAGAUGCUCAAAAGGAAGAGAUGUUAAGAAGUUUUGCCGCCGAGUACUGCGCCAACGACGCCCCGUUCGAUUCGUGUGGUUCGAACGGCAAAUCAAAAUGCUUAGAAUAUACGCGAGUCGACCUCCUGGAGAAAAUUAUGGAAUGGUCAGAGGCCUCGGAUGGUGCAUGCAUCUUCUGGUUGAAUGGAAUGGCUGGUACUGGAAAGUCUACUAUCGCUCGUACGGUCGCCGGCAAGUGGGCUAGUGAAAGACGGCUCGGGGCGAGUUUCUUCUUUUCGAGAGGUGAAGGAUAUCUGGCGCGUGCUUCGAGAUUCUUCACUACAAUCGCCUACCAGCUGGCGCGGUCCGGCCUUGCCCCUGCUGUUCGCGAGGCUAUAUGCGCCUACCCCGACAUCCCCCGGAAGAACAUGAGCGAGCAGUGGAAACAUCUGAUCUUGGAACCAUUGUCGCAGCCGUCUCAAAUGCAAUCGUUGAUACUUGUUAUCGAUGCAUUGGAUGAAUGCGAUGAUGAAGCAGAUGUUGAGCAGAUCCUUGGACUUCUCUCCCAGGCGAAAUCUCUCACCCCUGUGCGAUUGCGGAUAUUUGUCACCAGUAGGCCAGAAACCCCGGUUCGCUACGGGUUCCAAGAUAUACAGGAAGCUACACGGCAGGAGUUUGUCCUUCACAAUGUUGCCAACGCAAUAAUCGAUCAAGAUAUAUAUGUUUUCCUCCUCCACGAGUUAUCCAGGAUCCAGAAGCGGCGCCGGUUGUCGAAUGAAUGGCCAGAUCGCGAAAAGCUCCACCGUCUCGUCCAGAAAGCGGAUGGACUGUUCAUAUACGCUACAACGGUCUGCCGAUUCAUUGGGUGCAAGGACAAUGUUCCUCAGGAUCGUCUCGCUUCGGUAUUGGAAGAAAGUGUGGAAGACGGAUCGUCGACAAAGCAACUCGACCUGAUAUAUACGACGGUCUUGGAUCAUGCGGUUAUCAAAGGCCGUGAGCCCCAGACGCAACAGAUACUGUUACAACGAUUCAGGCGGAUCGUCGGUUCGAUUGUGAUACUAUCCGACUCCUUGACUGCUAGGGCUCUUGCACAACUCUUGGGCACUCAACUAACGGAGGUGGAGCAAACAUUGGACUCACUGAGUUCUGUAUUGACGUUUUCGGUUUCAGGAAGUCAAGAAUCUCCGAUACGGCUUCUGCACCUGUCGUUCCGGGACUUUCUCUUGGACGACCAGAGAUGUCAGGAUCCACAUUUCAGCAUAGUUGGAAACGAUGCUCACAAGGACCUUGCAUUGAGCUGUCUCACGCUCAUGUCAAGAUCUCUAAAGGAGGACGUAUGCUCUUUACGACAUCCGGGUUCUCUUACCAGUGAAGUGGAUCCUUCGACAAUACGGCGUUGUCUUCCCCAAGAGGUGCAGUACGCGUGCCGCUACUGGGUGGAUCAUAUUCGGCAUAGUAACGUCACGCUAUGCGACGGCGGAACACUGCACGACCUGGUCCACGCUUUCCUCAAGCAACACCUUCUCCACCUGUUCGAGGUUUGGAGUCUGAUGGGUAUUAUGCAUGACGCUGUUCUCAUGGUUAAGCUUUUAGAUUCAAUGCUUACGCCCAAAGCCAAUCAUAGCUUACGCGCGAUGUCGCGUGACGCAGUGCGAUUCAUUCUCAAUACCAGAGCGAUCAUCGAGAUUGCGCCUCUCCAACUAUACUGUGCAGCUCUACCUUUCAGCCCAUCAGGAGCCAUCCUCAGGAAUCAUUUUGCAGACAGUGUCCCGAGUUGGAUAAUAGACCUUACGGGUGUCCCUGAGGACUGGGAUUCCUUGAUGCAGGUACUGGAGGGCCAUUCAGGGGGUGUCAGUGCAGUGGCAUUCUCGCACGACGGCAAGCUGCUGGCAUCGGCAUCGGCCGACAAAACCGUCCGGCUCUGGGAUCCCACGACGGGAACCUGCCGCGCCACUCUUGAGGGUCAUUGGGAUAGGGUCGGGGCAGUGGCAUUCUCGCCCGACGGCAAGCUGCUGGCAUCGGCAUCGGCUGACACAACCGUCCGGCUCUGGGAUCCCGCGACGGGAACCUGCCGCGCCACUCUUGAGGGCCAUUCGAAAUGGGUCAGUGCAGUGGCAUUCUCGCACGACGGCAAGCUGCUGGCAUCGGCAUCGGCUGACACAACCGUCCGGCUCUGGGAUCCCGCGACGGGAACCUGCCGCGCCACUCUUGAGGGCCAUUCGCAAUGGGUCAGUGCAGUGGCAUUCUCGCACGACGGCAAGCUGCUGGCAUCAGCAUCGAACGACAGAACCGUCCGGCUCUGGGAUCCCGCGACGGGAACCUGCCGCGCCACUCUUGAGGGCCAUUCGGAUUGCGUCAAUGCAGUGGCAUUCUCGCACGACGGCAAGCUGCUGGCAUCAGCAUCGGACGACAGAACCGUCCGGCUCUGGGAUCCCGCGACGGGAACCUGCCGCGCCACUCUUGAGGGCCAUUCGGAUUGCGUCAAUGCAGUGGCAUUCUCGCACGACGGCAAGCUGCUGGCAUCAGCAUCGGACGACAGAACCGUCCGGCUCUGGGAUCCCGCGACGGGAACCUGCCGCGCCACUCUUGAGGGCCAUUCGCAAUGGGUCAGUGCAGUGGCAUUCUCGCACGACGGCAAGCUGCUGGCAUCGGCAUCGGCUGACACAACCGUCCGGCUCUGGGAUCCCGCGACGGGAACCUGCCGCGCCACUCUUGAGGGCCAUUCGCAAUGUGUCAGUGCAGUGGCAUUCUCGCACGACGGCAAGCUGCUGGCAUCGGCAUCGUACGACAAAACCGUCCGGCUCUGGGAUCCCGCGACGGGAACCUGCCGCGCCACUCUUGAGGGUCAUUCGGAUUUGGUCUGGGCAGUGGCAUUCUCACACGACGGCAAGCUGCUGGCAUCGGCAUCGUACGACGAAACCGUCCGGCUCUGGGAUCCCGCGACGGGAACCUGCCGCGCCACUCUUGAGGGCCAUUCGCGUUUCGUCAAUGCAGUGGCAUUCUCGCCCGACGGCAAGCUGCUGGCAUCGGCAUCGUACGACAAAACCGUCCGGCUCUGGGAUCCCGCGACGGGAACCUGCCGCGCCACUCUUGAGGGCCAUUCGGAUUGCGUCAAUGCAGUGGCAUUCUCGUUUGACGGCAAGCUGCUGGCAUCGGCAUCGUACGACAAAACCGUCCGGCUCUGGGAUCCCGCGACGGGAACCUGCCGCGCCACUCUUGAGGGUCAUUCGGAUUGGGUCAGGGCAGUGGCAUUCUCGCCCGACGGCAAGCUGCUGGCAUCGGCAUCGGACGACACAACCGUCCGGCUCUGGGAUCCCGCGACGGGAACCUGCCGCGCCACUCUUGAGGGCCAUUCAAAGGGUGUCAGGGCAGUGGCAUUCUCGCCCGAUGGCAAGCUCCUUCUAGUAACAUCUUGGGACAAUACCGUCCACUGCUUCGAUGUCGAGGAAAUCCUUUCAACAGUGAACACCGUGGCGGUCUCUAAUCCAUUCAUUCCUAUUGUUCUGCAUUUUAACAGGUGUGAAGCACUCAUGGAGGUCGCUCCUGGUACUGAUAUUGGGUUUAAUCUGGGGACGAGUUCACAGAGUAUACUGAGUUUGAGUGGGGGCUGGGUAACCUUGGGAAAGCAAAAAUUGCUUCUCCCUCCUUCUGAUCUCCGGCCGCACGUUUUCGCAGUAUACAAUAACGUUGUUGCUCUCGGGUGUCAAUCAGGUAGGGUUUGGUUCGUGAAACUUGAUCUGGACGGGAUUGCAUAAGGUCUCGGUGCUGAAAACCGAAGUGGGAAAGGCCUUGAGAGUGCUCGGUUUUCUUUCCGCUUUAGGAAAUUGAUCUUGUUUAUUAGACGCAUUGAGGUCAACAUAGAUGAUGUCGGCGUGGGCGGAACUGCUUUACCAUCAUCGUGGUUGUCGUUCU